CCCCCGGCCCACGUGACCCGCUGGGAACAUGGCGGCGCCCACGGCGCAGCGUGCGCGGCGCUGAGAGCGGCGGGUCCGAGCGCUCCGGGCUCCCCUCCCCGCGGGUCCUGUCGCUGACAUGUCGCGGCUUAUCGUGAAGAACCUCCCCAAUGGGAUGAAGGAGGAUCGCUUCAGGAAACUGUUUGCUGCCUUUGGAACACUGACUGACUGUUGCUUGAAGUUCACCAAGGAUGGCAAGUUCAGGAAAUUUGGCUUCAUUGGCUACAGGUCUGAAGAUGAAGCUCAAACGGCCCUGAAGCAUUUCAACAAAAGCUUCAUAGACACUUCCAGGAUCACGGUGGAGUUAUGCAAGUCUUUUGGUGACCCUUCAAAACCCAAAGCGUGGAGUAAACACUCUCAGAAGGUUCCUGCCUCAGAAAAACAGACAGAGAAGCCUGUGGCAAGUGCAGCUCCUGCAGCCCCAAAGAAAGAUAAAAAGAAGAAAGAUCCCACGGAUAACUUGAAGGAGCUGGAAGAAGAUAAAAAAUUCCAGGAGUUCUUGGUGGUUCACCAGAAACGGUCUCAGGUGGCCACCUGGGCUAAUGACACUUUGCCAGAGGAGCCCAAGAAGAGCAAACCAACAGCAGCAGCUGAUUAUCUCAACUUUGAUUCUGAUGAGUCUGAGGAGCUGAGUGAGGAUGGGGAUGAGCCCUCUGAAGAUGAGGAGGAAACUAAAGCAACAAAGAAAGGAGGGAAGAAGGCAGCUAACAGCAAAGACCUCUCAGAUAUGGAGUACCUGAAAUCUAAAGUGGUGAAGGAUUCUUCCUCCUCCUCCAGCACAGAGGAAGAAACAGAUACUGAGGAGGAGGUGGAAGAGGAAAGUGAGACUGAGGAGGAUUCAGGCAUUGCAGAAACCAUUGGCACCUGCACAGAUAAAAAGGGGAAGGUAAAAGCCCAACACACACAGCAAGAGACACCAGUGGAGAAGAAGAAGAAAAAAGGAUCUACAGUAGAGAACCAAGGCAGCUCAGCAGAAGCCAGCACCCCGUUCACCGUGAAACUUCGCGGUGCCCCCUCGAACAUCACUGAGGAAAAGAUUCGUGAGUUCUUCUUGCCUCUGAAGCCAGUGGCAGUUAGGAUAGGAAAAAACACCCAGGGGAAGAAUUCAGGUUACAUCUUUGUUGACUUGAAGAGUGAAGCAGAAGUGCAGAGGGCCUUGAAGAGAAAAAAAGAAUACAUGGGUGGACGAUGUGUUGAGGUCUCCCGAUGCAGGAACACCCCAAAAGAAACUGUUCCAGCAAAACCCACCAACCAGCCAUGGCAGAGAAGGCUGAGGGAUGAUGAGGAGGAAGAGGACUUGUCUGAAUCAGGGAGACUCUUUGUCAGGAAUCUUCCCUUUACGAGCACCGAGGAGGACUUGGAGAAGAUCUUUUCAAAGUAUGGGCCCCUCUCGGAGAUCCAUUUCCCUAUUGACAGACUGACCAAGAAGCCCAAAGGAUUUGCUUUCAUCACCUACAUGAUUCCUGAGCACGCUGUGAAGGCCUUUGCAGAAUUGGAUGGGCAGGUGUUCCAGGGCAGGAUGAUGCAUCUUUUACCAUCCACGAUCAAAAAGGAGAAAAUCGAAGAUGGGGAUGCAGAAGAAUCUUCCUCCUACAAAAAGCGCAAAGAGGCCAAGGACAAAGCCAACAGUGCCAGCUCUCACAACUGGAACACGCUGUUUGUGGGGACCAACGCUGUGGCUGAUGCCAUGGCUCAGAAGUACAAUGCUUCCAAAAGCCAAGUGCUGGAUCCUGAGAGUAAAGACAGCGUGGCAGUGAGAGUUGCUCUGGGAGAAACCGAGCUGGUCCAGGAAAUUCGCCGGUUCCUCAUUGAAAACGGAGUCAGCCUGGAUUCCUUCAGUCAGGCUGCUGGGGAGCGGAGCAAGACGGUGAUCCUGGUGAAGAACCUCCCGGCCGGCACGAGCCCGGCGGAGCUGGAGGACGUGUUCGGCCAACACGGCAGCCUGGGCCGGGUGCUGCUGCCAGAGGGGGGGAUCACGGCCAUCGUGGAGUUCCUGGAGCCAACAGAGGCCAAGCAGGCGUUCACCAGGCUGGCCUACUCCAAGUUCCAUUCUGUGCCGUUGUAUCUGGAAUGGGCUCCAAUGGGUGUCUUCUUAAGCCCAGCCCCUCAGAAAAAAAAGGCUGAGGUUCCAGAAAAGGAGGAUGAAGCAGGGCUGGUACCAGGUAAAGCUCUAAAGGACUCAGGGGAAGCAGCGGCACAGGAAGAAGAGGAGGAAGAAGAGGAGGAGGAGGAAGAAAACAUUCCUGGGUGUACUUUGUUCAUCAAAAACCUCAAUUUUGCCACCACAGAAGACACACUGAAGGAGACAUUCUCCAAAGUGGGAGCCCUGAAGAGCUGCACAAUAUCCAAGAAGAAAGACAAAGCAGGCACUUUGCUUUCCAUGGGCUUUGGAUUUGUGGAGUACAAGAAGCCAGAGAGUGCCCAGAAAGCCUUACGCCGGCUCCAGGGCUGCUCUGUAGAUGGCCAUAAGCUGGAAGUGAAACUCUCAGAGAGAGCUAUCAGGCCUGCUGUGAAACCCUCCCGAAAGAAGCAGACUGCCAAGAAGCAGAAGACCUCCAAGAUCUUGGUCCGAAACAUCCCCUUCCAGGCCACUGUCAGGGAAGUCAGGGAGCUCUUCAGCACCUUUGGAGAGCUGAAGACUGUCCGGCUGCCCAAGAAAAUGGCAGGAACUGGAUCCCACCGAGGCUUCGGGUUUGUGGAUUUUGUCACCAAGCAGGAUGCCAAGAAAGCCUUCAACGCCCUGUGCCACAGCACACAUUUGUACGGCCGGAGGCUGGUCCUGGAGUGGGCAGACACGGAGGAGACGCUGGAGGCCCUGAGACGGAAAACAGCCGACCAUUUCCACGACUCCCCAAAGAAGAAAAAACGAUCAGAGGUUUUGAAUGAAAUCCUAGAGCACCUGGAAGAGGAGGAGAGCAACAAAGAUGAGGACAUGUAACAGCUGCCUGGUGUCUGGUGAGGUCUCUGGCUGAUGGAUGGAGCAGGAGAAGCCUCCAUGAGGACUCAGCAGCCAGCACACUUGUUGCCAGUGCCGUCCACUCGCCCUGCGAACCCCAGGGCUGAUUUAUGCCAUGGGUCCAGCUCUCGGUGUUCCCAGCCUUUUAAACAGACCUUUAAUUCAGAGCAGGAGGAAAAAACCCUUGUCUGCCAGCAGCUCCUGCCCGAGCAUCACUCCUUAAAUCCAGGCAGGGAUGUGAUUCCCUUCAUCUCAGAAGCCGCCCAACCUGGUGGAAGAGGAACUUGGGGCGAUGGACACUUCCCUGCUGACCCCGGGGACUCGGGAACCCGCUUUUAACGUCUGAACUAAAUGGCAAUUUCUGUACAUUAAAAACCACACGUGUAUUUUAAGUUUUCCACAGGGAAUCACGUCUGGGGUUUGCUUGGGUUGGUUUGUUUGAUACAUCUUUGCCACAGGCAGGUAGUUCUGCUGGGCUGAUGGGGAGAUAAGCGUGUUUUUGGGAGGGAGGCCUGGGGUUUGCCACGCUGGGCUUUGUGCCUGUGUCAUUUCUGUCCCUGCUCUCAGGCAGUCGCCUCCCGUCUCUCCCUUCCCAGCUUUCAAAGGGAAAGAGGCUUUGCUUUUCAACCAGGGUACCGCUUUACAUAUGUAGGCAGCUGAUAAAGUAUUUUCACUUCGCCCCUUUCCCCUCUGGGAAUCGCUGUCUUACGGCAAAACUGUUUUGUCUGACAAGGGCUGCAACAGAUUACACGUGUUGGCUGCAAACAUGGGGCCUUUUCCCCCCCCCCCUUUUUUUUUUCUUUAUGAGAACCACAUGCCUUUAAAAAAAAAAAAAUCUCUAUCUCUGCACUGCCACGAGGAGGUUUUUUUUUUUGCCUCAAGUCCCCAGGAGCGGCCCCGUGUUCAGAUCUGCCUGUGGCAUCAAACCUCCCGGGUGAUGCACCUGCCCAGUUUGUUUUUCUCACAUGAGGUUAAUUUGAACCUGAAUCCAUGAAAAUGCCACUGAUUCUGUCAGUGUCGCUCAUUCUGAGCCCUUCAGCUGGGUUUGAGGUGGGAUAUUUUGGGACCCCUCGGCAUCAGCACCCCCAGCGCCCAUGGAGAUCAGCAGGACUCGGAGGAGCUGAGGACCAAGCUCCAAGUUUCACGCUGACAACCACAGCAGGGAGCCACAUGUGAUGGACUCAGUGGCUCGGGGACAUCCCCUUUCCAACCCAAACAUGGGUUAUAGAUUUCUCCCAUCUUUAACUGGGAGCCAGGUGGGAAAAGUUUGGGCUCUGCUUUUCAAAUUGGCUGUUUAGGCACUGAAAACCUUAAAACCCUCAGCUGGCUCCAGCAGGAGAGGGACAGAGCCAGGAAACCCUUGCUCCCAGGCUCCAUCUCCUGAGCUGCCCCUUCCAGAAAUGUCCCUUGUCCUCCCAGCAGCACUGGCACCCAGAGGGAAGGGCUUGGAGAAGGUGGAUUUAGGCACCAAGGAUGAAGGGAACACCAGGAUUCAUGGAUGUUUCACUGUUAAGAAGCUGCACACCAGGGCUGAGACGUGGCCAGGUUUCAGAGAGAGAAAAAUGAGGACACUGCAGUGCCUUGGAGUGGGCACCCAAAACUGGGGAUGCCUGAGGGGGCUUUGGAGGAGAGGAACCCUGGGAGGGGGGACAAUUCAUCACAAACUAACCCAGGCAGUACUUUAUGUGCUUUCAGGGGGAAAUACGAGAUGAUUAGUGAUGGGUUUGAAGAAUUAGGGUGUGUCACUGCAGGUGGAAGGCAGCUCAGGAGAAAGCUGCUCUCCAGGAGGGAUCCUGGCUGGGAGGUGAUAUCCAAGUCAGGGAACCCAGACUGGGUGCCAUGGGGAAAUGUGAGCUUCCUGAAGCACGAGGUUAAGACAUGAGGUUUAGUUUAACUUCUGAAACCAGAAACUUGUCAUUUCGCAUUAUGUUUUGUGUGUCACAGAGGACCUGGAGUCACACUGGGGUGCCAGCAGCUCUCCUUGUGCCACUGCUGAUGGAUGCUAGUCCUGCCUGCUCCCAAAAACCUCUGGGGACCUCAGCACUGAGCAGACUUUGGACCUGGGCACCAUCCAUCAGUUGUGUCAGCACUGAGGAUGCUCAGACCUGGGGAGAAGCUGUGGUUGCCUCAAGUGUUGGUGAUCCCACUGGAUCCACCUGGCUUUUUCUGAAGGAGAAAGCCCCACAGCAGCACAGUCUGACUGCAGACUGAGAACACCAUCCUUCUGGGCACGUCAGGAUGGGCAUUUUCAUGCCCAAGGACACCCAGAGGCGAUGUGAAGCCCAACCUGCUCUUUUCCAAAUUAAUGCCUUCCUUUCCCCCCCCCCCAUUUUCACAUUCUCACUCAUGAAAUCCCAUCGAAGCAGCAGGUCCAGGUCCAGGGAAUACUUUGCUUCCCCCGAGUUGUUUGUGGAGAUAAUUAACUGUGUGUUCUCUCAGCUGAGACCUGCCAUGGCAGCGCUGAGUGAAGGGAGCCCGAGGCCUGCGGCGGCGGUGGGGGAUGGAUGGGGAGAACCAUGGAUGGAAAGCACAGGAGGAACCAGCUGAGAGUGACCCUCACUGUGGUGUUUGCCAGGUGGGACCAGCCACCACGGGCUGCCCCUUCUCCUGGUCUCUAACUGUCCCCCAGCCUCAGGCCAUUCAGCUUUGGGGACAUCCUUUUUGCCCUUUUCCAGCUUCUCUGUGAGCUUCCUCCCCUCCUGCAGAUGUGGCCGCAGCUCUGGUCCAUACCAUGACACAGUGAUGAUCCUGCUUGGUGCUUUUCCCAGCAUUCCCAUCUUUUCCUAGUGAUUUCUGACCUUGAGCCUCCCAUUACUUCCCACUCCUGUUCCUUACAGAGCCAGGUCUGACGAUGCUCCCGGCGGUCGGGGGGGACACGGUGGGUCACGGCCCUUGGUUCAGCCCAGGGCACUGCCUGCUGCACAGGGUGACACUGCCAGGCCAGGCAAGGCCACCUGCACCCCAGAACCUCCCCAGGCUCUUCCCAGGUCUGGCAACAUCCUGGUGCCCCCCAGCAGCCCCUGGCUCUCCAUAAAGCCCCUGCUCUCCUCACACUGCGGUGCCUGGGUAACUGAGAAGUAAUUAGUGCCGCUUGCUAUGGCAAGUAGUGCCCAAAUGUCAAGGAACAGCAAAGUUAUUAAACCUGUUUUUACUGCA